ACAUCGGAGUGGGCGUCGAGAGAAAAGUUUGUUGCUCACUUUACUUUUCUCCGGAAAGUUUUUCUCGUUUGUUUUUUUUUAUUGAAAAUGGUGCAGCAGCUGUCCAAAUCUGGAGCCAAGGAGACUCCUGUGCUGAAAGCUGGCCACCCUCCAGCAGUGAAGGCUGGCGGUAAACGGGUGGCCAAGAAAAGCCUGGAAGAGAGUGCCACACAUGGGACUCCAGAGAAGGAGACCAAGAGGUCUGAUAAAUUGAGCAGGUCUCUUGCCACCUCCAACAGGAUGCAACAAGUUGGCAUACUUCUGGCAGGAACGCUUGACAAGCUGAGCCACGACUUUCCAGAGACACCAGUGAGUGUCAGGCACAGCAAGGUGCGCCCUGCAGUGGAGAAGCCCCACUCGCCCCGGACCUUCUUCAUUCAGCAGCCGAGGAAGUACUGAACAACACAUGUUUCAGAAAUGCCCCAGAGGGAACCACGUUAGGUCAACUGUGAAAGACGAACAUGAAGUGUUAGACACAUAAAGGGGUUCUGACAGGUUGUCUGUGAAUUGAUGAUGGAAAGAAAGCUUUCAUCAAGCUCUGUAUUUACUUAGUAUAAAAAAAAAAAGAGCUUUUUCAGGCUGUGCUUGUUUGUGAUAAUAUUGUAAAGCAGUGCUGUAGCUGUAUUUUCCAGCUGACGGAAUAAUCAAUGGCAUUUUGGUAUCAGUAUGUUUAAAGAGAGGGUUUAGGGGUUGUAAGUCAGGCUUGAGACCGUUGUUUGUUGUUUUUUGUUUGUUUUUUGUCAGUGAAAUCUUCACUGUGUAUUGCUUGCCACUUAUUAGAUUUAAUAAAAAGCAGAAAAUUGCAUGGUA